AUGCCUCCUCCGCCGAAAAGCCAGAAAAGAAGCGCGAAUACGACGCCGAAAAUAUACCACCUGUACGCGCACGUUUUGCACCAAAACGCGUCGUCGUCUUUAGGAAAAGGAGGAAAAGGAGGAGAAGCAUCGUCGUCGUCGUCAUCGAAAGAUGGUGAUUUUGCGGAGACGACUCAUGCGAGCAAUUUUAACAGCGAAUUCAGCAGUCGUCCUCCUCCGAAAACGCUUCCCACGAGCGCGAGCGCGUACAACGAUUUACUCUUGUUGGAACCAAACUUUUGGUACUUGGAGAAGUGCGCGAGAGAUUUUUCAUCGUCGUCGUCGUCCUCUCCGUCGGGGUCGAGGAGAGACGAAAAAGAAGAGGACGAGGACGAGGAGUACUCGUACGACGAGGAAGACGAAGAGGACGCGUCGAAAGCGGCGUUUAAGAAACUCUUUGGAAUGAUGCGGGAAAGCGCGUCCUCUUCCUCCUCCUUUUCCAACGGAGGAGGGGCGGUUGCGGGGACGACGACGACGCUGAGAGCGCUUUCCUCGUCUGCUUCCUUUAAAGUUCGCAAAUGCUCGCCGUGUGCGAUUGCAAUGUUUUCGAGAACGAUUCUGUUGUCCAAGUUGGACCAAGCUGAGACGGUACCGCACACGAACGUCAUGCAAUCGACCCGGGUGGAGAACGGAUUGAAAACGUUGCGAGGGGUGGUUCAGGCGUUGGCGAAACAGUCGAGAAAAGCGAGUGGAGUGGAUAUCGUGCACUGGAUGACGACGACAAUUGGUACCAUAAACUCAAUGAACGAUAGUGACGCGAGUACUCGGAGCAAUAAAAUGAAUGAUACGAUGACAUCCACGAUGACGACGACGACAUCGACGCGGGAAUUCGCGAUGCUACCUUCAGUAUACGAGAGCAACCGUUUCUUCAACGCGCUCAUUCAAAAGUGUUGCGACGUUUUGAAAUCUGACGUCGCACACCCAAAAUGUAAACUCGAGGCGCUGAAACUCCUGGCUUCUCUCGCGAAAUGUAAAGAAAAUAUCGGAUCGAGCUGUUUGUUCGCGUACUUGGUUUCGGAUCAGAAAAACGGUGACGCGAUUUUCGAUGCAAUCGUCAACAACGUGUUGAAAAACGACAUAUUAGCGAGGAAUACGUUGUGGCAAGACGCGUGUUACGUGUUGGCAGUGUUGUUGAGUUGGAACGAAGGGAAAAAUCGAGUGGCCGCGAGGACUGCGAGGGCGACGGAUUUGGAAGCCGCGGCGUUGCUUCGCGCGAUUUCGUUUUUGUUGACAAAAAGUGGGAGUGUAGAUGAAGGCCAUAGCGAUAGGAAUAACAAUAAUAGCAGCAGCAGUAGAACGCGGAAAGCACCGCAAGGUAAUCAGGCGGUGACGAAUCUUCUAACGUCCGGGUGGAUGCACGUGACGAAAGCGUUGGGUUUUGUCGAAGACAAAUUGAACGGCGUGAGCGAUGCGCUCGGCGCUCAUACGAAAAUGUUUCCUAAUAGCGACGUCGACGUGUGUGGAGCUCUGUGCAUCGCGCGGGACGCUAAAUUCAUGAGCGCACAGCCGUUGGUAACGAGUGAAAAUGACCGGUUGCAAAAAGGAGGUGAAAACGGGGGAAAAACCUCCUCCUCCUUUUCCUCCUCGCCCACAAUCGCGCACAUUUUGGACGACGACGCAGCGCUCAUUGGCGUCUCACUCAUGCACGGCGUCUUGUCGAACUGCGUCGCGUUACGAUUACCUCGCGCGUGGAUAAAGAAAACAUCGGUUAAUGCGUCGGAGAUGUUACACGGCGUCGCGCUCGGGGAUCAUUGGCGCGACGCGUUGGGUUCGAUAUUGGUCUUUGCCGCCGCGCUCGCUAGGGAAAGAGAAAUUGAGAAGAAGAAAACUUCGUCAUCAAUUGCCAACAACAUUCGCAGAAUUGUUAGUGGUACAGAUAGUAAAUGUUUGUCUUCCUCUUCUUUGGAAGCGGUGGGUGAGGCGCGAAGAAAAGCUCUCGCUACGUCGGUGUUGUGUUGCUUCCAGCGUUUGGUGGACGAUAGCGCAAGUCUCGAGUUUUUGUGCGCGUUGUCGUGUUUGGAUUGCGCUCGACCACUUCCCGGAUCGACCGUAUCCUCCUCCGUGUCACCGUUGCAGUCGUCAUCUUUGACGUCGUCUAAUGGAACCGGUAAUGCGGACACGCAUUUUAUAUCGAAUCUUGUCAGCUCAAAAGGACUUUUGAACGCUCGCGUGAAACUCAACCGACCGUUCAUCGCGGCGAUGCUAGAGACGUGUUCUGAGAUUGCCAAAUUUGGCGAAUAUUUUGGUGCAGGCGUGACGUCUCGUGCUGUGUACAUAAGCCAUCAAAUCGUUUCCGUGAAGGCUGCGAACCGGUCGUUCGUUUGCGGUUACGCUCCCUCAACGACAGAGGAAGAUGGAGGAAGAAGAAGAAGAAGAAGAGAGGACGAGAGCGAGAACGAAAACAACACGAACAGUAACAACAACACAUUCAAAGCUACCGGCGAAGGGAGCUCAUCCUUACGCGCGAACUGGUCGCGAACGUUUGAUGCCAUAGCGGUUGUCUUAGAGCUGUGCUCGAAAGCGCACGUCGCCGAAGCGGCGAAUCCACCGGCGGCGAAAACAGUAAACGGCGCCUCCUCGCCCAAGCGAGAAAAACAGAGGAACGCGGGACGAGCAAACGAGGAACAAGCACCACCAGCCUCGUCCUCGUUGGACGAAUUCAAAGCCACGCGCUCGGCAGUCGCCGCGCAACUCGUCAACCUCGUCAACUUGUUCUUGGCCAAACCAGAAUCAUCUUGCGAUUCCAUCGCGGACGUCGCCGAGCUCGUCGAAACGCUCGUCGCGCUUUGCCCGAAACUCACCCCUCUCCUCAACGCCGUCGGCCAACAAACGUACGGCGAGUUGCGCAUGCAAUCCAUCGCGUUCGUAUACAACGCGUUAAAAUCGGUGAAUAAUAACAAUAAUAAAACCACCACAACAACAUCAUCAUCAUCGACAAAACCAAACGAACUCAACAACAACAACAACAACAAAAGCGUCACCACUGUCCGCGCCGUCGCCGAGCGAGAAAUCAACGACGGGUCCAUGACUCGAAACGUUCCCGUCAAAGAUAACUUAACCGCCGCGUUCGCCUUACGUUCCGGCUCCUUCUCUUCCUCCUUCGAAAAACAACAACUGCAAAAUCAACAACAGAACGACGACGACGUCGCCGUGCUCGCGCUCAUCCGCGCCGGUGCCGCCGCCGGAUGGUGA